AUGACAUGCCCUACUUCGGAGCCACCGACUUCGUGCGAGGACAUCGAGAACAUCAUCUCGGUCGGCGGCUGCGCGGCAGCGUGCACCGGCGCCGUCGAACGGUAUAUCAAGACCUCCCUGGUGGGGCACGUUACUGAGCAGGACUGCUCCUAUCUGCUCCCAGCUGACGUGAUCUCGCUCCUGCUGGACACGGGAGUGGAUCCGAAUACGCAGUACAUGGGUAUGACACCGCUGGCCCUGGCCGCCAGCAACGCCGCCCUCCCAAUCGUGGAGGCGCUGAUCGCGCACGGCGCUGACGUGAACGCGCCGUACGAGAUCCGCGGCGCAGAUGGGGAGACGUUGGCUGAACUGUAUCGCUUUUACUGGAAGUGGAAUCUCAAGAAGAGGUACCUGAAGAGCGAGGAGCAGGAGCAGGAAGAAGCGGCAAGUUGCCACGAGAGCGCCCUGCGCACGAUGAAGGCACUCGCCGCUGCCGGAGCGGAGCUCUUGCCGUCCGAUCCCGCCCAGCUGACUCCGCUUCAGGCGGCUCAGACCAUGCACAUGCGUUUCACCAUGCCUGGCUACAUGACCCCGUUGAAGGAGAAUCCCUUGUACUCCCUCGGGCCGCAGUACUUCGUCGAGAAUGUGCAGAACACGGCCGACGCCAGUCGCGACGUGGUCGACCUGCUUACGCUGAUGGCCGCUGGGGCGGAGCAGACUGGGACGUUCCGCGCUUGGGACGGGCGGUGGGCUAGUAGGUGAGAGGGGGACCGGCGGGCUGGGGUCGGAUCCGUUCGUCGAUGAGUGGGCGCUGAACACUAACUGUGCGUGAGGGUGGAUGGGUACUCGGAAUGAGGAGUGUCUGAUACGUUGUGGCAGUCUAGCGUGCGUGCAGCGGUAGCUCAGAGCCAGCUCUUGUCUGUCUGGGUUGCAGUAUCGGGGCGCGGGAUCGGGGUUCGGCGCGGGGUCGUGAUGUUCCGGGCUCGCUGUCCAUUCCCCUCACCUAACGUGACGAAACGGGUACUACAUAUUUAUAUACAGUCCGCUUGCUGGGAGGGAGUUCUCUAAUUGUCGGUUCAAGAC